AAAAUUGCUGGCCGGAUUUCUUAAAAACACCUAAAUACUCUCGAGGGUUACAACUUGAUAUAUUUUAUCCAGAAUAUGGUUUCGCAAUCGAAGUGCAAGGAGAACAGCACGAAAAAUAUAUAGAAUUCUUUCAUAGAGGAGAUAAGAAUAAUUUUAUCAAACAGCAAGCACGGGAUCAACUCAAGAAAGAAUUAUGUGAAGAGAAUCAGAUUGCCUUAAGCAUGCCUUAUAUAAACAAGUACUUCGAAAGAAAACCUUCAAAUUGGGAUAUUUUGGAUUUCCUAGACGAAUGUGACCAGGAACCGAUAAGUCAGAGAGUAGGCUUUUAUCUUUCGUCCCUCGAAACAAUCGUUAAGACCGAAGAAGAAGAAAACCAAAGAAAAGUACGAGCACAACAGCUACUUGAUGACUAUAAACAGGCAACUUUUAACGCGAGCCACGAAGUUAGUGUUGGGGGAUCUCAACCGGAUCGUGUUCGUUACCAGAAGUGGGAGAAGGAACGUGCUUCUUGCGAAAAAGCUGUACAUUCAGUUAAUUUUUAUGGAGAUUCUCACACGAUUGGGGACAUCAACAACGGGAGUAUCCAUACGAAACUUAAGCGGACUGUUUCACAGGAAUGCAAAAACUCUGAAUUUGCGACUUCUUCAAGGCCGAAAAAGCGAAACAAGAACGAUUAUGAAUUCGAUACCGAUGGAAGUGUGUUGUCAGAUGAUGAGCUACCUAUCACAAGCAGUGUUACAUCUAAAAAGCUUUCCAAGAUUGGUAAAGGAAUAGCACGGUAUGGUGUUAUAUUUCUUCCCGAAUGUCACAAAAAUGACAUUUUGCGGAGUGAAUUUAGUGAUUAUGAAUGGAGAAAUCUUGAAAACAUCUUUCGUAAGAAAGAUGAAGAGAUUAGCGCGCAAACCUCUCCUCCGCUAGAUAAAGUUGAACGCAUUUUGAAGGAAUUUAAUGAAUCUAUAAAAAAAAGCCACAGAAGUGUAACAUGCUUCCAGCUCUCGAAACAUGUUUUAAAUGACAAAUCGACCAGUGAAUACCAAUAUCGUAGUUGGUUCGUAAAUUUAUUAUGCGAAGACAUUUUCCUUGACGUAAACAAUGUUAUUCGAUUUGUGACUGGAGAAGUAGAAAACAUUGAUCGUAAAAAUCAAAAAGAUUUAUCUAAACUCCCUGAAGAGCGAAGACCUACGGGCUGGUUCCAUGACGGAAUACUAAAAAUUAAUAUAAACGGCAAUGAUUUACAGGUCGGUUUCCUUGAAGUAGUAGGAAACGCUAUAAUCGAAGAUCAUAUAAAAAGGGUUGGUGACCUCCAAAAAAUCUUGAAGGCAAUGCGUUUGGCAUUUUUUCGAUUAGAAGAAUCUUUGCGUGAAAAAGGAGUUGAUGAUGAAAAAAAGCUCAAACAAAAGCUCGAAACGUUUGGAAUCCUAGUUGAUAGGAGGGAUUUCGCUUUUUAUGCUAUGAAUUAUUAUGACGGAGCUUUUCUUGUUGACGAGAUUUUUUCCUUUACAAUACCGGACACACAAAUGCAAUUAUAUCUGUUAGAGAAUAUCAUAAGCGAUCUAUUAGCCUUCAGGGCUCGUACAGAAUAUCUUAAUGUACGAAUAAAUGAACUAUUAAGAAAUGCAACAUCUCAACGUCGUUCACGUCGGACAAUGACUGCUGUUGAUGCAAGUCCUCAAAAAGCAGAGAAAACUCGUAAAGUAAUUCAUUAA